AUGUCUACACCAAACCCAACAAACUACUCAGUCCACUCCAUCGUCGCCGCAUACGGGGUCGGCCUGAUUCCCCACGGCUAUUAUUUUGUAAAAAUGAUGGCCAACGCAAAUGGCAUGGCUAGCAACAUCCUACCCCGUGAAAACCUGUCCAAUCUCAAAGGCAAAGUCACAGACAAGGUAUGGACGCAGCUCGCCAAAGCCCGGGGCGCACAUCUAAACGCCAUGGAGAAUAUUCCUCUUUUCGCUGUUGCUAUGCUAGCGGGGAAUGUUGCCAAGCUUCCCACAAAAGAACUCAAUGUCCUCUCGCUGGAGUACAUAGGUGUACGGCUUUUGUACAUGGCGACGUAUAUGGGGGCGCGGUCGGAGGCGAUCAGUUAUGUGCGGACGGGGUUGUGGGCGUGGAGUGUUUCGAUUCCGAUUUUGGCGCUUCUUAAGGCAGGGAAUGUUCUCAGUCAGGUUGAUUAA